UUAUGAAAAAUUCUAUGAAAUUAAAAAAUAAGAUAAUUGAUAAGAAAAUUUAAGAAACAAAAAAAAAAUUAGUGAAAAAAAUGACUGACGAGUGUCAAUCUACGAGUAAAGAGCCGUCGGAGGCAUCAGAUCCCGUCAAAAUGGAUAAAAACCUAUCGAAUAAAUUAAAAUCUGCAAAAGCCGACAUGAAAGAUUUUUCGGUUAACACGAAAUGUGAGGAUGCCGGAAGUUGCGUGACGCUCGAAAGUAUCCUGAAGUCGUUUAAUAAUCCGAUCAGCGAGGAACAGGCAUGGGCAAUUUUGUACCAAAGUCUCAAAAUGUACCGAGAUUUUUUGUGCCAAGAUGGUUUCACGCGUAACCGUUUUCACAAUUUGCUCGUACCUGCGGCGCCGACAAACCUUAAUCUCCACAAAGACGGAUCCGUUCAUUUUAGCUUCAAGAAUGGAGAUACUCACAAAUGUUCUGUCUCAACGCAAAAGAAGAUCUUGUUGAAACUCGGCGUGGUAAUCUACAAUGCACUCGACUUCAAUUUGGGCACGGAUGAGGAUCCUCUGAUAUCGGGCGAGUUGGAGCAAGUCAUACACUUCAUGACGACGGAUGAUGCUGAUGAUGAAGGUAUCGAAUGGGACUCGGAAGACAUCGAAGAGGACAAACAUUUUGACACCAAAGACUUAGAUCACGUAUUACAGUUAUGCAGUGGAAGACUCUCACCAAUUAGUUCAAAUCAUCAAGCGCGAUCGUCGACGAAUACAACGCCUGACGAUCACUAUAAGGCAGUUUGUCGUGCCCUGGCGACAGAAAGUCUUGAGCUGAAGAUUUUCCUUGAAAAGGUUCUGCAUGGAGACGCACAAUCGCUGCAGAUCAAGGCGCAAGUUCAGGAAUCGAGCAAGGAGCUUGGAAAGUUGUCUUUUAGCGAAUGGGCACGCUUUUGGAUGCAAGUCGUGGAUGAAUUACGUCGCGGAGUUCGUCUGAAAAAAAUCGAAAACUUUUCGCGGACCCCCACCGAAUACGAAUUGACUCCAUAUGAGAUUCUCAUGGAAGACAUUCGGCAAAGAAAAUAUCAAUUAAGGAAGGUUAUGGUGAAUGGCGAUAUACCGCCGAGAGUGAAAAAAGACGCACAUGCCGUUAUUUUAGAAUUUAUUCGUUCAAGGCCUCCGUUAAGAAAGGCCUCUGAACGAAAAUUACAACCAUUGAAACGCAAUCCAUCACCUCGUGACCUGUUACUUGACUCAAUAAGGCAAGGAAGAGUAUUGAAACCUGUGGCGCCAAAGCUUAAAAAUCGAUUAUUACCAACGACUAUCCAGUUAGAUGCUGUUAAAAAGGCUGUCGAUGAGACAAAUGUGCAAGGAAACAGCAGGCCAAGAUCUAAAUCUCCCAGAAAUACAUUAAGACUGAUUCCUGUUGACUUGUCAUUGUUGCAGGACAAUGAUUUCGGCGCUGGCGAAGAUGUAACAGACGCUUCCCUCGACUCCAAUCAACUCUGUUCUCUGCAACUUGACUCUGGAAGCAGCAGUCUCAGCAGUAAUGGACAACAACAACAAAAACAGGGCCAAACAAGUGAUAAACGUAACAAUGAAAACAACCAAAAUAAUAUCAAUACAGUAUUAAGAAGGACAAGACCCUCUAAUGUCUUAACACACGACGAAUAUCACAAAUUUUGUGAUAAGGCUCUUGAAACUUACGAUCUUGCAACUCAGUGCGAAUCACGUCGCUCUUCGAUGCGACGACACACGAUAGUUGGUUGCAGUAAAAGUUUCAGCGUGACUUCCGAGAGUAAAUCGUUGCCUGGAUCGCGUCCCGAUUCGCGACAACGUCAAAAUGAUGCGUCUCCGGCACCGCCGAGCGUCGUUGCAGCUCCCGUCGUACCCGAAAAGUCUUCUGAAGUGAUUAACGAAACGCAUUCGGAGAAAAAUUCUCAACCGGAACCCGUUUGGACAAAUUCCCUGGAUGAGUUGCAAUGGAAAGAGACGUUAAAUGCCACAGAUAAACUCUCGCUGACGCUCGACGAGAUCAUACAUAUCAGAUCCGUAAUGACAAAGGCUGAACUCGAAGGGCUUCCAGUUGGCAUCAAGAUCAAGGAGGAAGUUGAACGACGAAAACUUUGUUUUUUGUGUUUGCGUACGAGAUUUUCGCUUUUUGGGCAACGCGGCGUGAAUUGCAAGUUGUGCGAUCGGACCGUUUGCAUCAAAUGCUUCACAAAAAUGCGAAUUCCGCGUGAACAUUUCCGGCAUGUGCCUGUUGUGCUAUUGUCGCCAUCGAUUUUGAGUAGUCCUGCGAUAAGUAACACGCCGUCGCCCAUUCAUCAUGCCCAAAGCGGAGGAUUUGGCGUCGAAGAGUCGUUCUCGCGUACGCUGAUGGAACGUUUAAUGCGACCUGAAAUGGAUAGAAAGUCACGAAACACCGUCGGAUCAGCGCCUUCCUCACCAAAAAAUCAAAGAUCGAACUCCGUAACUCCCAUGCAGCAUCCCAACAAGAUGUCAAUGUCGUUAACGGGCACAUUGGACAACAACAACAAAGAAAAUGGGUCAAUUAUGUCACAAAGCAUCGAUGGACCGAAGAGCAUGACAGGCAGUUAUUACGGAUUUGCCCAAAGUCCCGCGAAAACUCAAUCGAAUUGCAGCACGCUUGAUCGAAAAAGCAGAUUUUCCCGAGGAUUCACCCUCACAAUGUCAAAUUCGAGUCAAGCUGUCGACGUGCAAAAGGAAAAUUUACGCGGCGAACUCAUGGCAGUCUGUAACGAUUGUCGCAGUCUCGUUCUCGAGAUCAUCCGAUCGUCGAAACAGACACGAUCCUCUGCCCGCAAUUACGCAAUCAAAAAUUUAACGCUUGAUCUGUCGCCCGUUUACAAGUCGAAUCGUUAAGAAAAAUCUUUUUUAAAGUUUGUUAGCAUCCUGAAUUUGACCACCUUGAGAAUUUUUUUUCUUCGUAGUAUUUUGUGUUAGAAGAGAGAAAAGUUUGUUAAAAAAAUAGUUUAAGAAGUUAAGGAAAUGAUGGAAAAAAUUGUAAAAAAAAAUAUUAAUGAUGAAAGUUUUUGAAUUUCUCCCACUUUCAAGCGUCAAUCCUUUAAUUUAUUACAUAAUUGUAUUAUUAGGAUGUAUUUUUUUUUAGAUUAAUUUAUUAUUUAAGCAUCUUGAUAAAUUAUA